CCGUCCUGGUUAUCUGGGUCCUCGGUCCUCGCCGGUCCGAUAAUAAUAGAAGGGCCUAUCAGGCCGAAGAGAAACUUCGAACCCCAGGGCCCUGGAAACCCUAAUUCUAGACAAAAGGAUCGCCCCUUCUUCAGGAAGAGAUGGAGAGCGUGAAGGCAGUACUAUCCGCAAUUGUGUUUAUAGCUGCUCAAAUCCCUCAUGUUUUGUCCUUUCCUACCACGACUCCUGCGUUUCUGUGGUCUCCACACCAUUUGGGAUCAUCUCAAUAUGGUGUUAAAGAAGUUGUUGACUACCGCACAAUUUCCCCAAAGAAUUUAGCUAAAUCAGUUCUGUCUGAAGGUGGUUGGUCAAACAUGGUGUGCUCUGGGGAGGACCUUCAUGAGAAUGUGGAUGUUGCAUUUGUUUUUGUUGGGAGAAAGUUGCAAUCAUCAGAUAUCUCUAAAACUAAAUACCUGGAUCAAGUUUUGCUUGACAUGUUAAAGCUCUCAUUCACAAGUUCAAAUUUUUCUAUGGCAUUUCCAUAUGUGGCCGUAUCAGAGGAAAAUGACACACUGGAAAAUUCUUUGAUAUCGGGAUUUGCUGAAAAUUGUGGGCAUGGAUUAAAAGUGAAUCAUAUUGCUUACUUGGACUCUUGUUCUGUUAAUGGCAAAGACCUUAAGAAGCUUCAAGGCCUGCAUUCAGUACAUGACUUCGUGAGAUCAAGGAUGGAAACAAGAGUAAAUGGGCAGACGGAUCUGAUUGUUUUCUGCAAUGGGGGCUCUGAGGAAUUGGAUACCACCCAGUCAGAAGGGGAGGUUUUAUCUGAACUAAUCAGUUCACUGGAGCAGUCUGGUGCCACAUAUGCAAUUCUUUAUGCUUCUGAGCCGUUUAGGUCACUUCAAUACCCUACUCACCUGUCUUUGAGUAGGUUUCUUGCAGAAGACACCAGUGGCAAUGGUUCAGCUAAUUCUACCUUUUGUGAUGGAGUUUGUCAAAUUAAAACAUCACUUCUGGAAGGGGUUUUUGUCGGGAUUGUUCUGCUCAUAAUAUUAAUAUCAGGUCUGUGCUGUAUGAUGGGUAUUGACACUCCUACAAGAUUUGAGACUCCGCAAGAAUCCUGAUGUGUCUUUUGGAAAGAGUUCAUUGUGCUAACCAGGUGGAAUCCUUAGACAUAAGACAGAUACAUGCGGAAUGUGGUUCAUAUAUCUGAAUUGUUGUCUAGUGUUGUACCUUCUCAUUUGUAAGGUGCCUUUUUUGGCCUUCUAUUCAAUAAUCCACUGCCUGAGACAGCCAAUGUUUACGACUUCAAUAUGAGCUCUCUUUUAAGAUUUCAAGACCUGGAAAUAUUUUUGGAUAAAGUUCAAUGUACAGGGCUUCUGUUGUACUAUGAUUUUGUGCUGCUUUGUCUUUGAUUACCAGAACCAGAAGUUUACACAUUAAGCUUGAUUUUUUGUUUGAUUGCUCGACAGGAAGAUGGUUCAUAACAUACAUGAACCAAUGAAAUAGUAUUAGUUAUCCAUUA